CUAUUUCUGAACGCACCCCUGCGAUCCAGUUGUGAUCUGUCAUUUGUCAACCUUCAUAUCUAUGCCUAACCUAAAAGUUUUUUGAGUUUGAAAUAAUGAAAUGUAAGUAAAUCAUUAAUUAAAAAUGAUUAAUCCAGACCAAUCUUCAGAAGGUCCUAGACGUCCACCCCCCUUUGAUCCAAAUAAUAGAAAAAAAGUUCAAUUUUCCCAAGACGAACUCAGAGUUCUUAAAGAAUGUAAUAAAGAAAGUUUUUACCAAAGAUGCCUUCCUUUAAGUGCUUUAUUAGCUGGCUCUUCAUAUUACGCAGUUAAAGCAGGAUUUUUAAAAGGAAACCCAAAAUUUGGAGCUACUCCUAAAGUAAUUGUUUCUGUAAUUGUUGGUUACUUUGUGGGCAAGUUUUCAUACCAAUCUAAAUGUGCUGAAAAGCUUAUGCAGCUACCUAAUAGUCAGAUUGGUGAAAUGUUGAGACAAAAACGACGUGGCAAUAUCCGUGAAAAUAUGGAUAAUACUUUUGGUCCUGGAUUAUCAUUGGCUCCAUUUUCUGGAAUAAAUACUUCAGAUACUUAUUCUGAUGUUAGUCCCUAUAGUAGUCUAGAUAUAGAUACCAACAGGCCUGAAAACAAAGGGUUAGACGAUUAUAAUAGGCCAUCGAUGGAUAAUUCUAAUAUAGAAAACUUAGAAGAGAUGCCUCCUGAACAGAAAUAUGCAACAACUUAUGAGGAACUGAGAAAGAAAAACAGAGAAGAGUACACACAAAAAAGAAUUGGAAAAAGUCCUGAAAGUAAACCUCCUGCAACUACCAAUUUUAGCAACAGUAGCAGUAAUAGUACAGAAAAAAUAGAAAGCAAAAAUAAAUAUGGAGAUAAUAAUUUUGAAUAA